AUUAGUAGUUGUUUAGUCUUGUCUUAAUGUCAAUGGGGCCCAUAAUUUGUGUGGCCGAGUGAUGUUGUUUCAAGUUGAUUCAACACAAACGAGGUAUGUCACGAUUCAAGGCAUUAUUCACACAAAGAUUCCCAAUUAUAGGGAUGAUUCAUGUAGAACCUUUACCAGGCACGCCUCUUUACAGGGGAAAUUUCGACGACGCUAUAAAGAAGGCAAUUUGUGAGGCUACUAUAUAUUUGCAAAGUGGAAUUGAUGGAGUUAUAAUUGAAAAUAUGCAUGAUGUCCCGUACGUUAAAAGCCGUUAUUUUACACCGGAAACCGUUUCUUGUAUGAGCAGACUUGCGUUGGCUGUGAAAGAAACUAUAAGAAACGCAAUUCCGUGUGGUAUCCAGAUUUUGGCCUGCGGUAAUAUGGAAGCUUUAGCAGUGUCGAAAGCCUGUAAUUUGAACUUUAUUCGCGCCGAAGGAUUUGUGUUUUCUCACGUUGCAGAUGAAGGGUUUACCGAUGCUACUGCUGGACAUAUCCUUAGAUAUAGGAAAAUUAUAGAUGCUGAACCCAUAGGAGUGAUCACAGACAUCAAGAAAAAGCAUAGUUCCCAUGCCAUAACCAGUGAUGUUUCUGUGUUGGAUACUGCGAGAGCAGCUGAGUUUUUUUGUUCCGACGGGAUUGUACUGACGGGCGAAGCAACUGGGUGUGAAACAAACGUCGAGGAGGUACAAUCUUUGAAAAAGGUUAAUUUACCGUUGAUUAUCGGUUCUGGAGUGACACUUGAGAACGUCGACAACUACUGGAAUACGGCCCACGCAGCCGUCAUCGGAUCGUAUUUUAAACAUGACGGAAACUGGAAAAAUGAUUUGUGUGAAGCUAGAGUGCGUUUAAUGAUGAAAAAAAUUGAUGUCUUUCGGAAUCAAUUACAAUAGAGAAUCAAGUAUCGAUUAA